UCCGAACGCAAAACGAUCAGCGACGAUCCUAUUGGCCGUUUUACCUUUAUUAUACUAAACAAAGGAUAUAAAAUCGGUCGAAAAACGCAAAAUAGAUCCAAGGCCCGGAGAGCCGAACCGUAUAUACCAUUCAACUCAGCUCGACGAACUGAGCAAUGUCUGUUCGUGUGUAUGUGUGUGUGUAUAAUGCAAUAUCCGAUUUGGAUGAUCUUAUACGCAAACGAAAGCUACUGUGGUCCCCCAGAAUGCUACCGAGUGGAUUUUUGAUUAAUGGCUUAGAUUUUAAGAUAUUGGUUGAAGAGUAUUUUCUUUUCUUUACAACUCAAAAUCGAUCAUUGCUCAGCAACCUUCGCUUGGGAAGUGUCGCAUUUAUUUACAGCUGCUACCGUCAUUAAUUUUCUUUAUAAUUGCAGAUCUGAAGUAUUGAUUCAAUAUUGGAAAUACCAGGAUUUGCAACUCUACAGGAUACCGCCAUCAGUAUUCAAGAGAUUUGAAGAUUCCAAGAGAUCCAGAGCUAUUCAAGAUUUGCUGCUCUACAGGAUACAGGAAUCAGAGUUUUCAAGGGGUUCGAAGGUUUCGAAAGAUCAACGACAAUUCAAGUACACCAAGAAAUUUAAAGAUCAAGAUUUCUUUUAUUAUAACAGCUAAGUAUAGAACUUAAUUUAUUAUAUUUGUAUCCAUUUGCAUUUUUUGUUGCCCUACCAUAGUGUGCUCUUUUACACACAAUGGAAGUGGAUGAAAAAAAUUUGGCCGAUCCUGUUUCUAUUACACCUAAACCUCCUGACCCUUUUUCCACUGUUUCCUCAAUUCCCUCGCGCGUUAAACUGUAUCCAGACGGAUCGACUGGUUCAUUUGUUGUUUAUUUCCGACCAAAAAUAGGGCCCAAAUCAAAGCCCUUAAACAUCAUUCAGAUAUCUAAAGAUUUAGAGUCUCAUUUCAAGUCUAUCAUUGAAAUUUCUAAGGUCAGACCUAACAAAUUGAGAGUUGUGGUUAAAGACCUUACUCAAGCUAAUAAAAUUGCUACUUCGGAGUUUUUCACCCGGGAAUAUCAUGUUUAUGUUCCCGCUCGAGAUGUAGAAAUUGACGGUGUUGUUACCGAUUCCAGCUUAUCCAGUGAAUUUCUUUUAGAAGACGGUGUUGGAUAUUUCAAGAACACUUCCAUUCCAACGGUUAAAAUUCUCGAUUGUCAACAAUUGAGAUCCGUGUUUUUUGUAGAAGGGAAGAAAAUAUAUUCCCCCUCAGAUUCAUUUCGUGUCACAUUCGCUGGAUCUGCUUUACCAUCUCACAUCUCGAUUCACAUUGUCCUUGUACCCGUUCGCCUGUAUAUUCCACGAGUCAUGAACUGCACCAAUUGCAAACAGUUAGGCCAUACUUCUGCCUACUGUUGCAAUAAAAGUCGAUGCGGUAAAUGUGGGGGUAACCAUCUUGAUGACUCUUGCAAUCAAGAAAAUAAUAGUUGUUAUUACUGUGAUAUUGAUGACUGUUUGGUAAAUUGCACUAUCAGACAAUUUGCAGAUGAUAGUGUGAUUUUUGCCACAGGUCCCAGGGCAUCCGAUUUACAAAGAUCUUUACAAGAUACCUUGAACAACUUAUCCAAUUGGGCAAUACAACUAGGUAUAGACUUUUCAGUUGAAAAAACUGAAUAUGUAGUUUUUUCUAGAAAACAUGAGCCAGCUCAGCUCCAACUUAUGUUAGUGGGUGAACCCAUUACUCUAGUUUUAGUUCAUAAAUAUCUUGGCGUAUGGUUCGACUCAAAAUGCACUUGGAAAAGUCAUAUUCGAUAUUUAAUACAGAAAUGUCAACAAAGAGUUAAUUUUUUGCGCACAGUAACUGGAUCAUGGUGGGGAGCACAUCCUUGGGACCUUAUUAAACUUUAUCAAACUACAAUUCUAUCAGUGCUCGAAUACGGAUGUUUUUGUUUCCGUUCUGCCGCAAAAACUCAUAUCAUAAAACUUGAACGAAUACAGUAUCGCUGUUUACGCAUUGCUUUAGGUUGUAUGCAUUCAACUCAUACGAUGAGUUUAGAAGUGUUAGCGGGCGUUCUCCCCUUAAAAGAUCGUUUUUGGAUUAUCAAUUCUCGCAUUCUUGUGAAAAGUGAUAUUUUGAAUCCUAUGAUAAUAAAUAACUUUGAAAGACUUGUUGAACUUCAAUCUCAAACUCGUUUUAUGACUGUUUAUUUCAAUUACAUGUCUCAAAAUAUCAACCCUUCUUCAUUUCCUUCAAAUAAUAUUUACUCAUUAGAUACCUUUGAUUCUACCCUAUUUUUUGAUACAUCAAUGUUAAAUGAAAUUCGUAGUAUGCCUGAUCAACUACGUAUACAACAGAUUCCAAAUCUAUUUCGUGAAAAAUAUCAAAAUAUAAACUGUAAUAAUUCAUUUUAUACCGAUGGUUCUUUUCUCAACGGAUCUACUGGUUUCGGUGUUUAUAACAAUAAUUUAUCCGUCGCUUACAAACUCGAAAGCCCUGCUUCUGUUUAUGUCGCAGAGCUGGCUGCUAUUCAGUACACAUUAAGUUUUGUUGAAAAUUUGCCUAAAGACAAUUACUUCAUCUUUACGGACAGCCUUAGUGCUAUUGAAGCUCUCCGAUCGAUAAAAAGUAUAAAAAGUUCUUCGUAUUUUUUGAAUAAAAUACGCGACCAUUUGAGUACUUUAUCCGAAAUCGCAUCACAGGUUACAUUAGUAUGGAUCCCUUCUCAUUCUUUGAUUGAGGGCAAUGAGACGGCAGAUUCAUUAGCUAAGAUCGGUACGGUACAUGGUGACAUUUAUGAAAGACCUAUUGAAUUCAAUGAAUUUUUUAGUUCUAUACGUCGAGAGUCGCUCAUGAACUGGCAAAACUCUUGGGACAAUGGAGAUCUAGGAAGAUGGUGUCAUUCAAUUAUUCCUAAAGUUUCUUAAAAACCUUGGUUCCACAAAUUGGACGUAAGUCGUGAUUUCAUUUGUAUGAUGUCUCAGCUUAUGUCCAAUCAUUACUGGUUUAAUGCUCACCUUCGUCGUAUGGGACUCACAGAGGAUCACCUUUGCACCUGUGGCGAGGGUUACCACGAUAUUGAACAUGUUGUUUGGUCAUGUCCGUUAUAUCGUGAAGCUAGAUCCAAUUUAGAAAAUUCUCUUAAAGCUCGGAAUAAACAACCAAAUGUCCCUGUUCGUGAUGUCUUAGCAAUUUUAGAUUUCCCAUAUAUGCGUCUUCUAUAUUCCUUCCUUAAAUCAAUUGAUGUUCCUAUUUAGUACACUUUUGUUUUCAUUUCAGAUUCUAUUUACGCGCUUAACCAGGAAUAAGACGUUCCCGAAAAUAUAUUUGGCUUUUGAAGCUGCAGGAACCAUACUUAUCAAGAUUGUGUUUUAUGAUUUGUAACUUAUUUAUAAUUGUAUUAUUGUAUAUGAAAAGAUGAGAGGGUUUUUAUGCCUGUUUGAGGAGAAAUAUUUAUUAAUUUUACUCAAGCAGGCUUUUCCCUACUCCAAUAAUUAUUUCGGCCCCGUUAUGCUCUCUGCGAUUGGG